UAAAUGUUUUGGUUUGAAGCACCAACAAUCGAUUCGAGUUCAACCUUCAGAUGCACCUUGCUCCAAGACUGAGGUGCAUCCACCACCUAAAUAACACACCAAACUCUUCCCUUCAACUCAAACAAAUUCACGCCCAAUUGAUUACCAAUGGUUUCAAAUCCCCCUCCCCUUUCGCCAAACUAAUCGCCCAAUUCUGCGACAAAUCUUCCCCCCAAGCCACCGCCCACGCCCAUUUGAUUUUCAAGCACCAUCGCCCAAAUCUUUUCCUCUUAAACACUUUCAUAAGAUCCAGCCCUCCUCAACAUUCCAUCCCCGUUUUCGCCAAGUGGGCCUCCACCGGCGACUUGGAAUUCGACGAUUUCACUUUCAUUUUCGUGCUUGGAGCUGCCGCGCGAGCCCCAUCGUUGGCAGCGUUAAUGAUCGGUAAGCAAAUUCAUACUCAGAUUUUCAAACGUGGGGUUAUUUCAAACAUUUGGGUUCAGACUACGGCAAUACAUUUUUAUGCGAGUAACAAAGAUGUGAGCAGUGCACGAAAGGUGUUCGAUGAAAUGUCUGUCAGAAAUAGCGUCACCUGGAAUGCGAUGAUUGCUGGAUACUGCUCACAAAGUGAAAGGGUUGCUGAGAAAUAUGCUCGAAAUGCGUUGGAAUUGUUUCUGGUCAUGUUGGUUGAUUCAAAUUCUGAGGUGAAACCGACGGAUACUACAAUGGUCUGCCUUCUUUCUGCUGUAUCUCAACUGGGUGUGGUUGAAACAGGAGCUUCUGUUCAUGCAUAUAUAGAGAAAACAAUUCAUUCCCCUGAAAGUGAUGUGUUUGUAGGCACAGGUCUGGUUGAUAUGUACUCUAAAUGCGGGUGUCUUCACAGUGCUUCAUCAGUUUUUAAGCAAAUGAAGCAGAGGAACGUCUUAACCUGGACAGCAAUGGCGACCGGACUGGCGGUUCAUGGGAAGGGGAAAGAAUCAUUGUUGCUCUUGGAUUCGAUGGAAGCUCACGGUGUGAAACCGAAUGCAGUAACAUUCACCAGCCUGCUUUCUGCUUGCUGCCAUGGGGGCCUAGUUGAAGAGGGGCUCCAUUUGUUUCGUGUCAUGGAGAGGAAAUUUGGGGCUGUGCCUCAUAUGCAGCACUAUGGUUGCAUUGUGGACCUUCUUGGGCGUUCUGGGCACUUGAAAGAAGCAUAUGAGUUGAUAAUGGGGAUGCCAAUGGAGCCUGAUGCUGUUCUAUGGAGGAGUUUGCUGAGUUCCUGUAUGAGUCAUGGUGAUGUUGAGAUGGGAGAGAAGGUGGGUAAGCUCCUUGUGGAGAGACAGAGAGGAAGGCAUGGUUUUGAGGAGUGGUGUGUUGGAAGUAGUGAGGACUUUGUAGCUUUGUCAAAUGUUUAUGCUUCUGCACAAAAGUGGGGGGAUGUGGAGGCUGUAAGGGAGGAGAUGAGGAUCAAAGGGAUUGAAAACAAGCCGGGGUAUAGUUCACUUCAAACUACUGGUCCUCGAGGAUUGGAGGGUUUAUAGGAGCUUGAACUUCCACGGAUUCGUUUCUGAAGAUGCUCCAAUCUUGCCACUCGCGACAAGGAAGCUGUUCUUGCCGACUUGUUCGGAG